AUGCCUGUAUCAGAGUUCCGAGCACGAGCGAGAGAGGCAAUUAGGCAAUGUAUUGGAACCAAUGCUACAAAAGAUGUUGAUAUGCUGGAGUCAAUAGAGCCUCGAUCUAGACUAUCCAUCGAGGAUAAUCCCAAUGAUCCGUUUGUUCAACAAUUCAAUAGAUUAGCUGCACAGAGAGAAUGUGGCGGGCUUUUAAUGCGUGGUGUGGAAGAUAUUCAGGCACUACAUACUUAUAUUGAAUCGAUUCCGAACAGAGUGGAAGACGUGGACAGAAAACGCUUAGAACGUUACUCAUACAUUCGUUCCGAUACAACUAUGGUGAUGUUUUCCGGAAGACAUAUUGGUGUUCUUGUAGACCAUUUAAAAUUCUCGAUCGUGUCGUUUGCUUCAAUAACAGAUCGAUCAUAG